CUCUCAGCUCUAGCGCAUCUGCUAUUGCUUGUAAAAUUCGUUGAGUUCGAUGUUGAAGAAGAUGAAAGUACUGAUAAAUCAGAUGAAAAUGAGAAAACCGACGAAUCAGAUGAUAACGAGGCCUUGUUGAAUCAAGAAUAUUUGUUCUACGAAAUGCAACCUAUAUUGGAUAGGCCUGCAAAACUAUGUGGACGAUGUAUGAAGAAGGGACACGAUGCUGUCAAUUGUGCUCUAGAAAAGGAAUGGGAAGAUAACUGA